AUGGAGCAAACACCUGAUCCUAAGACUGAAGAAAUCGAUUUAGAGAAGUACACCCAUUCUGGUUCUAUAGCUAAUGCAACUUUAAAGAAAGUUAUAGAAAAGUGUGUAGAUGGUGCAAAAAUAUGCGAACUAUGCGAUUUUGGAGAGAAGGUUAUGAAAGAAGAACUAGAUAAAGUAUACACAAAAAAAGAGAAAGGAAAUAAAGUGGAAAAGGGAAUAAGUUUCCCUGUAACCAUCAACGUUAAUGAAGUGUGCAACAACUAUGCUCCUGCGUCCUCUGAGAAUGAUGAAAUAAUUAAAAAGGGUGAUAUUGUUAAAAUAUGCUUAGGAUGUCAUAUAGAUGGACAUAUCAGUAUGGUUGGUCACACGGUCUAUAUUAGUAAUGAAAAUGAAAUUAUAGAAGGUCCUAAAGCGGAAGUUUUAAAAAAUUCGCAUAUAUUAUCCCAAUUAUUUUUAAAGAGUUUAAAAGUUGGGAUAAAUGCCAGUGAUGUAACAAAAAAUAUUCAGAAAGCAUGUGAAGAAUUAAAAUGUAAUGUAAUUUCUAACUGUGUAACCUAUCAAAUUAAAAAAUAUAUUUUAGAAGGAAGUAAAUUUAUUUUAUUAAAAGAAAAUCCUGAAAAUAAAAUUGAUGAUUUUCAAAUUGAACCUGAUGAUAUUUACAUUAUUGAUGUUAUGGUUACAACUGGAGAUGGAAAAAUCAAAGAAAGUGAUCAUAAAACUACCAUUUAUAAAAGAGAAGUUCAAAAAAAUUAUCAUUUAAAAACGAAUUUGGGAAGAUCUUUUAUAAGUGAAGUUAAUAAAAAAUUUCCUGUACUCCCAUUUCACGUAAAACAUGUAGAAGACCAACGAGCAGCACUUAUUGGAAUCCCCGAAGCUCUAAGACAUGAUUUAAUUAAACCAUACACUGUUUACACAGAAAAAAAAAAAGAAUUUGUUUCUCAAUUUAAAUACACUGUUAUGGUCAAAGAAGAUGGAAUUAAACAAUUUACAGGUAUCAAGUGUUCCCAAUUGAAUAACUGUAAAACCACUAAUGAAAUUCAGGAUGAGGCCUUGAAGGCCAUUCUUUCCACCUCGUUAACAUCAAAAAAGAAAAAAAACAAGGGAAAAAAUAGUGAAGAAGUGUUACAAGAAAAUUAA